GUUAUCUUGCCCUUUCUCACAAGGGCACGGUUGGAGUCGAUUAGGCAUUUUGUAGGCAUAAAAGUCGAUCGCCAACUCAUCACCGCAUUGGUGGAGAGAUGGAGAAAGGAGACACAUUGUUUCAACUUUCGCGAAGGAGAGUGCACCAUCACACUCAAGGACGUCGCCAUCCUAACUCAUCUGCCCAUUGACGGCAAAGCGGUGUGUGUGAGUGAUCAUCCCCCCGAGGAUCGUGACGGUAUGAUCGGUUGGCAGUGUUUCAUCCACAGUGUUUUGGGGGUGAAAGUACCAACCAAGGGGAGCGUUGAUGCGACGGAUCGCUUGCCAUCAUUGAAGAAAGGCCAAGUAUCAAUCACUUGGUUGACGAAGUAUUUUAGGGACCUUCACGAUCCUGAAAAAAAUGGGAUGCCCCUAACCGAGGAAAGUCUGGAGCUAGAGAAGGAAAGAUAUGCUCAUGUCUAUCUCAUAGGCAUGAUAGGAGGAGUGUUCUUCUCCAAAAAAUUGAGCAAUUUAAUUAGUUGUGGAUGGCUUAGGAUCCUCCUUGGUGAUUGGGAUGCGAUGGGGGAGUUGAGCUGUGAGGGAGGUCGGCGGCGCAAUGUUCAUCAUCCAAUUUUGGGCCUGGGAACAUCUGCCAUGGAUUGCACCACUCCAAUGUCCCGACAAGAAUUGGGGUCCCGAUCAUCCCCUAAGACUCGAAGCUUAUGGUUAUGGUCCGGUUGA